UCUCAUUCUUUUCCCGCCCUUUAUUUUUUAAUUUGAAGGAUCUACGUUUAGAUUGGUGAACGUCAUUCGAAUCAGAUUCUUCCUUUCCAACCAGCAGAGUUGGUAGAAAAGACAUAACCGAGUAAAAAUCUGUUUCUGUCAUUUAGACUUAUUAUCAACUAUUCUUUCAGUGUCAUUAUUACAAGCAUUGUACAAAGCAUUGGCCUAUUUUUACUAUAGUUUUGCUGUUUUCAUUUUGUUCCUGUUGUAUACAGCUUUUUUUGCCGUCAUGGGACAAGUGGUUGGUUCAAUCAACAACCAUUCUAAAAAGAAGAACAGUAUCAGUAAUGACAGUAGUAAAAAGAAGCUUUCGAAAAAGCAUAAAGAGAAGAAGCUCAACCUUACAAGUAACUCUAACAUAUAUGUUGAUGGUACGGAUAUUGUUCAUAGUGAUAGUAGUAGUGAUAGUAGUGAUAAAACUGCUGAUGCUCGUAGCAAUACUGCUAGUCGAAAUGGUAUCAGUAGUCUCGCAACAUCGUGUUGUGAUAAUAGUACAGAACUGGCAUCAACUACAAAAGACGACAGUAAACCUGAGAAGAAUACUUGUGGUUUUCUAAGUACUGAGGGAACAGAAAAGCUUACUGAUACUAGACAGUCCCUUCGUGAUGGUGCUUCAGAAAGCACAUUUGAUCUGAUUGUAUCGUCAGUUAUCCUCAGCCGUCUUCAUAUUAGUAGUCAUGGUACUAUUGGAACAGAAAAUGACUAUAAUAGUAUCAAAGAAAUAAGCAUAAACAACAAGAAUGGGAAAAUUAUACUCGAGAAUCAAGAAAAAGAGAUCGACGUCACUCAAAGUGUGUUCAAUAAUGCUUUUUCUGCUUCGUCCAGUAUCGCGAAUACAGCUUUAGCUGGUGUUGUUGCUACCACUCCACCUCCGCUAUUUUUAAGCAACAAAUUUUCUUCAUUUAUGACCAGACAAAGAAAAAAGAAAGAAGCUCCUUCCCCCUCAAAAAAUUAUGUUUCUUCAAUGUCUUCCUCGUCCAUCAUUCAAUCUAACACGUCUAAUCAACAAAACUCCAACAUUCAGUCUAGUUUUGCAGGUAAUAGAAUUGUUUACCAACAAAUUUUCUCUUUCUGAAACGAUUCCAACCCUUAACCCUUUUUUUUUUUUUUUUUUUCACACAAAACUCCAUUUGCGUCCAAUCUCUAGACUAUCCUUCCAAAAUAAUAC